AUGACUGCGGCAGCGAACUGGGUGGCGAACGGGGCGAGCCUGGAGGAUUGUCACUCCAACCUCUUCUCGCUGGCUGAACUCACGGGAAUCAAAUGGCGUAGGUACAAUUUUGGAGGGCACGGGGACUGUGGACCCAUAAUUUCAGCCCCGGCCCAAGAUGAUCCAAUCCUGUUAAGUUUCAUCCGUUGUCUGCAAGCCAACUUGCUAUGCGUAUGGCGUCGUGAUGUCAAACCAGAUUGCAAAGAAUUAUGGAUAUUCUGGUGGGGAGAUGAACCCAAUUUAGUGGGCGUAAUACAUCAUGAACUGCAAGUUGUGGAAGAAGGACUCUGGGAAAAUGGCCUUUCCUAUGAAUGUCGGACGCUACUCUUCAAAGCAAUCCACAAUCUGUUAGAAAGGUGCCUAAUGGAUAAGAACUUCGUUAGGAUUGGGAAAUGGUUUGUUCGACCGUAUGAAAAGGAUGAAAAGCCAGUCAACAAAAGUGAACAUUUGUCCUGUGCUUUCACAUUCUUUCUUCACGGGGAAAGUAAUGUAUGCACAAGUGUGGAGAUUGCCCAACACCAGCCAAUUUAUUUGAUCAAUGAGGAGCAUAUACAUAUGGCUCAGUCUUCACCUGCACCAUUUCAAGUACUGGUCAGUCCUUAUGGAUUAAAUGGCACGCUAACAGGCCAAGCAUACAAGAUGUCCGACCCAGCCACCCGUAAGUUGAUUGAGGAAUGGCAGUAUUUCUACCCAAUGGUGCUGAAAAAGAAAGAAGAAUUGAAAGAAGAGGAGUUGGGAUAUGACAAUGAUUUCCCCGUGGCAGUUGAAGUAAUUGUUGGUGGUGUCCGGAUGGUUUAUCCUUCAGCUUUUGUUCUGAUUUCUCAGAAUGAUAUCCCAGUUCCUCAGAGCACUGCAAGUGCUGGAGGCCAUAUUUCCGUUGGGCAGCAGGGACUUGGUAGUGUGAAGGACCCAAGUAACUGUGGGAUGCCUCUCACCCCGCCCACCUCUCCAGAACAGGCCGCCACAGGUGAGAGUGGAGGUGCUCAGAGUGCUGUCAGUCACUUAGGUUCCCAAGAUGGGGGGAUGAUAACUAUGCACAGUCCAAAGAGAUCGGGGAAGAUUCCUCUAAAACUCCACAAUCAUAUGGUCCAUCGAGUCUGGAAGGAAUGCAUCCUCAACAGAACGCAAUCCAAGAGGAGCCAAGUGUCAACUCCAACUCUUGAAGAAGAGCCUGCUAACAAUCCUGCUACUUGGGAUUUUGUGGAUCCAACCCAAAGAGUCAGCUGUUUUUGCUCUAGGCAUAAACUUUUAAAACGUGCCGUAGGAACCAACCGACCUCCCACAAUAUCUCAACCAGGGUUCAAUGCAGGACCAUCAUCAUCUUCAUCUUUACCACCUCCUGCUUCUUCUAAGCACAAAACUACAGAAAGACAGGAAAAGGGAGACAAGUUGCAAAAAAGACCCUUGAUACCAUUUCACCAUAGGCCCUCUGUGGCCGAAGAGUUAUGCAUGGAACAGGAUACACCAGGGCAGAAGCUAGGGUUGGCAGGGAUAGACUCCUCCUUAGAGGUGUCCAGCAGUAGGAAGUAUGAUAAGCAAAUGGCCGUGCCUUCCAGAAACACAAGCAAGCAAAUGAAUCUGAAUCCUAUGGAUUCACCUCAUUCCCCUAUUUCCCCUCUGCCGCCAACACUCAGCCCUCAGCCACGAGGUCAGGAAACGGAGACUCUGGACCCACCAUCUGUCCCUGUGAAUCCAGCCCUCUAUGGAAAUGGGAUGGAACUCCAGCAGUUGUCUACUCUGGAUGACAGAACUGUCCUCGUAGGCCAAAGACUGCCUCUGAUGGCAGAGGUCAGCGAGACAGCCUUAUAUUGUGGGAUUAGGCACUCGAACCCGGAGUCAUCAGAUAAGUGGUGGCAUAGUUUUUGUCUCCCACCCAUUGAUGAUGUUGAGUUCCGGCCUCCAGAACUUCAGGGUGAGAGGUGUGAUGCCAAAAUGGAGGUAAACUCAGAGAGCACUGCAUUGCAAAGACUCUUAGCACAACCUAAUAAACGGUUUAAAAUCUGGCACGACAAGCAGCCCCAGAUGCAGCCACUCCACUUCCUUGACCCAUUGCCUCUUUCACAACAACCUGGAGACAGUUUGGGAGAAGUCAAUGACCCAUAUACCUUUGAGGACGGUGACAUAAAAUACAUCUUUACAGCAAACAAGAAAUGCAAACAAGGGACGGAAAAAGAUUCCCUGAAAAAGAAUAAGUCAGAGGAUGGAUUUGGUACCAAGGAUGUCACUACACCAGGUCAUUCCACGCCGGUGCCUGAUGGGAAAAAUGCCAUGUCUAUUUUCAGUUCUGCUACUAAAACAGAUGUCCGGCAAGAUAAUGCUGCUGGCAGAGCUGGCCCCAGUAGCCUUACGCAGGUGACAGAUUUGGCACCUUCCCUGCAUGACUUAGACAACAUCUUUGAUAAUUCUGAUGAUGACGAACUUGGGGCUGCAUCACCUGCACUUCGUUCAUCAAAAAUGCCAACGGUUGGGACUGAAGAGCGACCUCUUGGGAAGGAUGGAAGAGCUGCUGUUCAUUACGCACCAACAGUUGCAGACCUGCAAAGGAUGUUCCCCACCCCCCCUUCUUUGGAGCAGCACCCUGCGUUUUCUCCUGUGAUGAGCUAUAAAGACGGGGUCAGCUCAGAGACAGUGACAGCAUUAGGCAUGAUGGAGAGUCCUAUGGUCAGUAUGGUUUCAACACAACUCACCGAAUUCAAGAUGGAAGUGGAAGAUGGCUUAGGAAGCCCCAAGCCAGAGGAAAUAAAGGACUUUUCAUAUGUGCACAAAGUUUCAACUUUUCAACCUUUCGUGGGAUCCUCCAUGUUUGCUCCACUGAAGAUGUUGCCGAGCCAAUGCCUGCUACCUCUGAAGCUACCUGAUUCCUGUCAGUUCCGGCCUUCGUGGGCAAUCCCUCCUAAAAUUGAACAACUGCCCAUGCCCCCUGCAGCCACUUUUGUUAGAGAUGGCUACAACAAUGUGCCUAGUGUCGGGAGCCUAGCAGACCCAGACUAUCUGAACACACCCCAGAUGAACACACCAGUGACGCUGAACAGUGCUGCCCCAGCCAGCAACAGUGGAGCAGGAGUUCUGCCAUCGCCAGCAACCCCUCGCUUCUCUGUCCCCACGCCACGAACCCCCAGGACCCCAAGAACUCCCAGAGGUGGGGGUACUGCCAGUGGUCAAGGGUCUGUUAAAUAUGACAGCACCGAUCAGGGGUCACCAGCCUCUACCCCCUCUACCACGCGGCCCCUUAACUCUGUGGAGCCUGCCACCAUGCAACCAAUUCCAGAAGCCCACAGUCUCUAUGUCACCCUGAUUCUCUCUGAUUCUGUGAUGAACAUCUUUAAAGACAGAAACUUUGACAGCUGCUGCAUCUGUGCCUGCAACAUGAACAUCAAAGGGGCAGAUGUCGGGCUUUACAUCCCCGAUUCUUCCAACGAGGACCAGUACCGCUGUACCUGUGGGUUCAGUGCGAUCAUGAAUCGCAAACUUGGUUACAAUUCGGGACUCUUCCUGGAAGAUGAGUUGGAUAUUUUUGGGAAGAAUUCUGAUAUCGGUCAGGCUGCUGAGAGGCGCUUAAUGAUGUGUCAGACCACCUUCCUUCCUCAGAUGGAGGCAGCCAGAAAACCCCAGGAGCCACCUAUAAGCCUCCUCCUCCUCCUCCAGAAUCAACACACACAACCUUUUGCUUCACUGAGUUUCCUGGACUACAUUUCCUCUCACAAUCGCCAAACUCUUCCCUGCGUAAGCUGGAGUUAUGACCGGGUGCAAGCAGACAAUAACGAUUACUGGACGGAAUGCUUUAACGCCUUGGAGCAGGGGCGGCAGUAUGUGGAUAAUCCCACCGGGGGGAAAGUGGACGAAGCGCUGGUGAGAAGUGCCACUGUGCACUCUUGGCCUCAUAGCAACGUGCUGGACAUCAGCAUGCUCUCCUCCCAGGAUGUGGUCCGUAUGCUGCUGUCCCUGCAGCCCUUUCUCCAAGACGCCAUCCAGAAGAAGCGCACGGGCAGGACCUGGGAGAACAUCCAGCAUGUGCAGGGGCCGCUCACCUGGCAGCAGUUCCACAAAAUGGCAGGCCGGGGCACCUACGGUUCAGAAGAGUCUCCUGAGCCGCUGCCCAUCCCCACCCUGCUGGUAGGCUAUGACAAAGACUUCCUCACCAUCUCGCCCUUCUCCUUGCCGUUUUGGGAGAGGCUGCUGUUGGACCCAUAUGGGGGCCACCGGGAUGUUGCCUAUAUUGUGGUGUGUCCAGAAAAUGAGGCCUUGCUCGAAGGAGCCAAAACUUUCUUCAGGGACUUGAGCGCUGUCUAUGAGAUGUGUAGGCUUGGGCAGCAUAAGCCCAUCUGCAAAGUGCUACGUGAUGGGAUCAUGCGUGUGGGGAAGACCGUGGCACAGAAGCUGACGGACGAGCUUGUGAGUGAGUGGUUUAACCAGCCGUGGAGCAGCGAGGAGAAUGACAAUCAUUCCAGACUCAAACUGUAUGCGCAAGUUUGCCGCCAUCACCUAGCACCUUAUUUAGCCACUCUGCAGCUUGAUAGCAGCCUGUUGACGCCACCUAAGUACCAGACCCCACCAGCAGCAGCACAGGGACAAGCUACUUCUGGGAACACUGGGCCUUUAGCUCCAAAUGCAGGAUCUGCAGCUCCCUCCGCUGGUGGUGCAUUUAAUCCCACCUCCAAUGGCAGUUCUGCGAAUCCUGCAGCAAGUAGUUCUGCAUCUGGUUCCAGCGUGCCACCAGUCUCAUCCUCUGUCUCUGCUCCCGUCGCUAACCAGCUAGGCACUACCUCCUCGUCAGGAUUCAGUGGUAGUGUUGGAGGGCAGAACCCCAGCUCUGGGACCAGUUCUGCUGAUAGAACACAGGGGAACAUAGGCUGUGGUGGAGACCCUGAGUCUGGGCAGAGCUCCUCUCAGCCCUCACAGGACGGACAAGAAAGUGCUACAGAGAGAGAGAGAAUAGGAAUUCCGACCGAGCCUGACUCCGCAGACAGCCAAGCCUAUCCUCCAGCUGUUGUCAUUUACAUGGUGGACCCCUUCACCUACACUGCAGAGGAAGACUCUACCUCUGGAAACUUUUGGCUGUUGAGUUUGAUGCGCUGCUACACAGAGAUGCUGGAUAAUUUACCUGAGCAUAUGAGAAAUUCUUUCAUUCUCCAGAUUGUGCCUUGCCAGUCCAUGCUGCAGACAAUGAAGGAUGAACAAGUUUUCUACAUUCAAUACUUGAAGUCCAUGGCAUUUUCAGUGUACUGCCAGUGCAGGCGACCUCUGCCUACACAGAUCCACAUUAAGUCCCUCACAGGGUUCGGGCCUGCCGCCAGCAUUGAGAUGAUUCUCAAGAACCCGGAGCGGCCUAGCCCCAUCCAGCUUUACUCCCCUCCUUUUAUAUUGGCCCCAAUCAAAAACAAGCAGACAGAAGCCCCAAACAAAGACAAGCAGACAGAGCUGGGAGAGAUACCUGGCGAAGGGAGCCAGAAAUACAAUGUGCUCUUUGUGGGCUAUUGUUUGUCUCACGACCAGCGCUGGCUUUUGGCUUCCUGCACUGACCUCCAUGGGGAGUUGCUAGAAACCUGCAUUGUAAAUAUUGCUUUACCAAACAGAUCACGGAAGAGUAAAGUAUCUGCACGUAAAAUUGGACUACAGAAGUUAUGGGAAUGGUGCAUAGGUAUUGUCCAAAUGACCUCUCUACCCUGGAGAGUUGUUAUUGGGCGGCUCGGGCGUCUUGGCCACGGGGAGCUUAAAGAUUGGAGUAUCCUCCUUGGAGAAUGUUCACUGCAGACAAUCAGUAAACGGCUCAAGGAAAUGUGCCGGAUGUGUGGAAUCUCUGCCACAGACUCUCCUUCUAUCCUUAGUGCCUGCCUGGUUGCCAUGGAGCCCCAGGGGUCCUUUGUAGUGAUGCCAGAUGCUGUCACAAUGGGCUCUGUUUUUGGCCGAAGUACUGCAUUAAACAUGCAGUCAUCUCAGCUUAACACCCCUCAAGAUGCUUCUUGUACACACAUCUUGGUAUUCCCGACAUCUUCAACCAUCCAAGUGGCUCCAGCCAACUAUCCCAACGAAGAUGGGUUUAGCCCCAACAAUGAUGACAUGUUUGUUGACCUACCAUUCCCAGAUGAUAUGGACAAUGACAUUGGCAUAUUAAUGACUGGGAACCUCCAUUCCUCCCCCAACUCCUCCCCGGUCCCCUCCCCCGGCUCUCCUUCUGGAAUCGGUGUGGGGUCUCACUUCCAGCACAGCCGGAGCCAGGGCGAGCGCCUUCUCUCCCGAGAGGCUCCGGAGGAGCUGAAGCAGCAGCCGCUGGCCCUGGGGUACUUCGUGUCAACUGCCAAAGCGGAGAACCUGCCCCAGUGGUUCUGGUCAUCGUGUCCCCAGGCUCAGAACCAGUGUCCCCUCUUCCUAAAGGCGUCACUGCAUCACCACAUCUCUGUAGCACAGACGGACGAACUUCUCCCCGCCCGCAACUCCCAGUGGGUUCCACAUCCUCUCGACUCCAAAACCACAUCUGAUGUUCUGAGGUUUGUUCUGGAGCAGUACAACGCUCUGUCCUGGCUCACGUGCAAUCCGGCCACCCAGGACCGCACCUCCUGCCUUCCUGUCCACUUUGUGGUGCUCACUCAGUUGUACAACGCCAUCAUGAAUAUACUCUAA